CGCAGUCACGCUUUUACUACCGACAGGCACGGAAUCCAUGGGAGGAAGUCACUGAGAUUGGAAAACGGACUACAACUCUGCUCAGGACCGGGAAAAACAACCAAACUCAGCCUGAGGAAGGGAAGGGGUCAGAGCGCUUCACUUUACUCACCAGGAUUUAUUUAAAAACAAUAUCCAAGUUUGGGAAUAUGGACUGAGUGGCGCAGAUGGAGGCGGCGAGAAGUUUGGUGUUGGUCGGGGCCGUUCUGCUCGGAGCGACGGGCGCUUUGAGCAGGGAAGUUUGCCUGGGUACAGACAUGAAACUAGCCCUGCCCUCCAGCCUGGAAAAUCACUACGAGACCCUCAGGCUGCUCUACACCGGCUGCCAGGUUAUCCAUGGCAACCUGGAGAUCACAUACCUCAGUGGAAACCCGGACCUCUCCUUCCUGCAGGGGAUCAUAGAGGUGCAGGGGUAUGUACUUGUUGCACAUGUCUCAGUGGAUCUGGUGCCUUUGGACAAUCUUCGGAUUAUAAGAGGCAGCCAGCUGUACAACUCCAACUAUUCACUGGCUGUGCUGGACAAUCAGGGGCUAAAGACGCUCCGGCUUCGUAGCCUUAAAGAGAUCUUGUUGGGUGGGGUGUCUAUUUGGGGGAACCCCCAGCUGUGCUUCCCGGACCCUCAGAGCAUCAUAUGGAGGGACACCUUGGAUGAGCAGAACACCCCCCACCAGAGCCCGCACCGUCUGCAGUCCCGAGCCCCUAACUGUGCAAACUGUCAUCCCACAUGUGAGAACAGGUGCUGGGGGGAAACGGAGCAGGACUGCCAAACACUGACAAGAAUAAACUGUGCGUCUGGCUGUCAGCGAUGCAAAGGUCCUCUUCCUAACGACUGCUGUCACAGGCAGUGUGCAGCCGGGUGCACUGGACCCAAAGACUCAGACUGUUUGGCGUGUCGUCACUUCAACGAUAGUGGAGUGUGUAGGGAGAAUUGUCCCCUGCCCACAAUCUACGACCCAGUCACCUAUCAGAACAAACCCAACCCCAACAGGAAGUUCAACUUUGGAGCCACUUGUGUUAAGAUGUGUCCCUAUAACUACCUGGCUAUGGAAGUGGCCUGCACUUUGAAUUGUCCCCGAUCCAACAAGGAAGUCCUCAUCAAGCAGCCGGACGGUACUGAGAUGCAGAAAUGCGAAAAGUGUGAAGGAGACUGUGCCAAAGAUUGUUACGGUCUGGGUAUGGACAACCUCGGCGUCACGGACAACCACAGCGUCACCAUAGUAACAUCUGCUAAUGUGGGACAUUUCAGCAAGUGCUCCAAGAUUUUUGGAAGCCUCGCCUUUCGGGCUCAGAGCUUUGCAAGGGACCCUGUGACCAACACAUCCGGCCUGACUUUGGAGCAGCUGAGAGCCUUCAGGAAGCUGGAGGAGAUUACAGGUUAUUUGUACAUCGAUGCCUGGCCAGAGGAGUGGGCUGACCUCUCUGUGUUUGAGAACCUAAAGGUGAUCAGAGGCAGGAUGCUCUACAUGGGUGUGUUUUCACUGGCCAUCCAGAACCUACACAUCCAGUCUCUCGGGCUACGUUCACUGCGCAGCAUCAGUGGAGGCCUGGUGUUGUUCUACAACAAUUCUCAGCUGUGCUACACCAACUCAAUGCCCUGGGAGAUGCUCCUCCAUCCCACCCAGGGUCCCCACCGCAUUGUCAGCCUCAACCGAGACCCUCAAAUGUGCGAGGAGGAGGGGAACGUUUGUCAUCCGCUGUGCAAGGGGGGUUGUUGGGGUCCAGGGCCCGGCCAGUGCGUGUCUUGCAAGUCGUUCCAGCGUGGCACUGUGUGUGUGGAGCAAUGUGAUGUCUAUCAGGGAGCUGUGCGUGAAUACAUUGAUGGAUCUUCGUGUAUCUCCUGUCAUGCAGAGUGUCGACCUCUGAAUGGCUCUGCCUCUUGCCACGGCCCAGGUGCAGAUCAUUGCACUGAGUGUCUGCACCAUCAGGAUGAAAAGUUUUGUGUGGAACGAUGUCCCAGUGGAGUGAAGGAAGAUCAACAAACCGUAUGGAAAUACAGCAACGCUACAGGACACUGUCUGCCCUGCAACACUAACUGCACGUUAUCCUGUCCCUCGAUGGAUGACAGAGGCUGCCCCAUUGAUACCAGGACAGGUCCGGGCACAACCAUCGCUGCUGCUGUCGGUGGAGUUGUGCUCUUCUUCAUCCUGCUGGCUCUGCUGGUGUUUUAUCUGAGGAGACAGAAGAGGCUGAGGAGGAAGGAGACCGUGAGAAGGUUCCUGCAGGAACAGGAGCUGGUGGAGCCGUUAACACCGAGUGGUGCGUCUCCAAAUCAAGCUCAGAUGCGAAUCCUGAAAGAGACGGAGUUAAAAAAGCUCAGACCUCUGGGUGCAGGUGCCUUUGGGACUGUUUACAAGGGAGUGUGGGCUCCUGAAGGAGAACACGUAAAAAUACCAGUAGCCAUUAAGGUGUUGCGGGAGAACACCUCACCAAAGGGCAACAAAGACAUUCUUGAUGAGGCGUAUGUGAUGGCGUCGGUCACCAGCCCCUACGUGUGUCGUCUCCUAGGGAUUUGUCUGACGUCCGCCGUGCAGCUGGUCACUCAACUGAUGCCGUACGGCUGCCUCCUCGACUACGUCAGGGAGAACAAGGACCGCAUUGGUUCUCAGUUCCUCCUCAACUGGUGUGUCCAGAUUGCCAAGGGGAUGAGUUAUCUGGAGGACAUUCGGUUGGUCCACAGAGAUUUGGCUGCCCGCAACGUUCUUGUGAAGAACCCAAACCACGUGAAGAUCACGGACUUCGGCCUGGCCCGCUUGCUGGACAUAGAUGAGACAGAGUAUCACGCUGAUGGAGGAAAGGUGCCGAUUAAAUGGAUGGCAUUGGAGUCUAUUCUCCAUAGGAAGUUCACCCAUCAGAGUGACGUCUGGAGCUACGGGGUUACAGUUUGGGAGCUGAUGACGUUUGGUUCCAAGCCGUAUGAUACCAUCGCGGCGAGGGACAUCCCAGAUCUGCUGGAGGGAGGAGAGCGGCUUCCCCAGCCCCCAAUCUGCACCAUUGACGUCUACAUGAUCAUGGUCAAAUGUUGGAUGAUUGAUCCAGACAGCAGACCCAAGUUUAAAGACCUGGUUAAUGGGUUUAGUGCAAUGGCAAGAGAUCCAUCUCGCUUUUUAGUCAUAAAGAAUGACGAUCAGAUAAGCACAAGCAAACCAGUGGACAGCCAGUUUUACCGGAUGCUUUUGGAAGAGGGGGAAAACGUGGGGGACAUGAUGGAUGCCGAGGAAUAUCUAGUCCCACAACCGAACGUUUUCCCCAGACCCAGGGCAGAGGAGGCUCAUUCCAACGGGCCAUCCAGGCACCAAUCGUACAGGAGCAGAGACCAGGGUCUGGACGUUGAGCCCUUCGCAAUUGGUGGUCCUCGGAGCAUGUACUCCUCUCUGAGUACUCUGGGCCACAGCCACAACCAACCAAUGGGAGAAAGCAUCGCUAACGGUCUGUGGCCCCAGUUGGCUCGUAGCAUGUCAGCGGAAGGACAGACUGACUCCGUCUUUCUGGAAGUUACUCCGGAUGGACACUCGUUGCCCCCAUCCAGCCCUGGACGCUACUGCAAAGACCCCACCUACCCCAAUGGGAGCCAGUGCAACAUGGAAACCGAUGGUAUUGAUGGCUUUCAUCAUCCUAAUCACGUUCAUCACUCCCUGCCCAGGAGGAGUCACGCCCACAGUCAUAAACACGCCAUGCCAGAGUAUGUAAACCAGGGGAUGCAGGAUCCAAGGCCGGUGAUUCCCGAUCGGCCCACCACUCUUCCACGUAAAGGAUCCAGAGUGGACAGACGGCUCCCCAACGGUCUUGGCUCCGGUCACAGUGUUGAAAACCCGGGGGACCUAAUCCCCGUCAACUCCAUUUCUCCUGCCUUCGACAACCCAUACUACCUGGACCUUGGGGACAAAGCCGCUCCUGGUGGAGCAGCGGGAGAUGGCUCUGCAGCAGUGGAGACUGAUGGGAACAUUAUCAGACAUGUUAACGGGUUUGUGACCCCCACUGCAGAAAACCCAGAGUAUCUCGGACUGGCAGAAACCUGGACUGGUCAUACUUGAGGAGAAGGAACAGGAACGAUAGAAACUGCAGACUGUGUUCUUCUAAGGGAAAAUGAAAGAAAGGGAAGACGGUUAUUUGUGACUGAACUGAGUGGGAUCCUUGUUUGAAUCAGAGCACAGUUUGGCCACAUCGAUGUGGGAGAAGGUGACUAUCAAAAAUCUUGCUGUUGACCUCUGCACAGUGUAGCAUUAACAUGGUUUCUGUGACAUGUGAAUUCAUCAACAUUUUGGACAGUUCAGUGAAAAACCCAUGACAGCGUGACAAAAAUCUGAUGAUAGUAAAAAUCAUUGACUGGUUUUUGGUUUUUCUUUGUCUUCUUUCAUGUUUAGUUUUUUUCCAAAACAUAUGAAGCAGUUCUUGUAUUUUUUUUCUCUUCUCCCACAAUCAAAAUGAACCAUGAUAUGCAUUGAGGAUAGUGUUUAGUAUUCUGGUCACUUUCGUCCGGCCCUGACGGUCUCUAGUACCCUCAAAGCCAUUUUGUCUCAAACAGAGCAGGCCCCUGCAGCCCAUCUGGCCUGUGGGCAUGCUCCCUGAAAGAAAGGCGUCCUGUAUGGCAAAGACAGCAGCUUUGUGCCGCUGUGAUGUAUGGGGCCGUUGGCGGUUGUGGUUGCAGCUAUUACUUUGUGAGGUGCGAGUUGACUUCAUAAGCUGUGUAAAAUAUAUUGUUUUAUAAGAGAUUGACACUCACCUAAUUCAUGCAAAAAUCUCUGCAUGUUCCAAGCUUGUGCUGCUCCAGUGAGCUGUUGUGGUGGAUAUUUCACAGAAGUUGAAGAAUUUUGCUUCCGUUUUGGAAGCAAAAAGCAGACGUCUGCUGCAGGAUGCCCUGCUCCAGUUGGAUAAUCGAUGCAUGGUUCAAAUUCCACUCACUGAGAACCCACUCACUUGCCUCCCAGUUAAUAAUCAGCAUCUUUUAUUUUUUUCAUGCUAAUUGGCGUUUGGCUGAGUGGAAAGUCGAAGCCCAUUCAAUGGAGCCCUUGUCUGACCUCCACGGUCCUUGUUGUCAAUGCUUUCCUUACUCCCAUGUCCUCAGAUGAGAAAGUAGUGACAUACUGUACAACUGGCCUUUUUAAACCUUUCUGAGAUGAAUGUGUAAUCCUUGUUAAUAUUAAAGGAUAUUAUUAGUGGGCGGCUUAGAUAUUUCCUGAAUGUAUUCACCCAGAUUUCAUGUUUAAUACGGGUUUUGAAGAGUUUUGUUCCAGAAUGACAACUUUAAGAUUUUGUUUUUGUUUUAGAUUUGAAUUUGUCUUUUGUUUUUUUUCUAUAACUUGUCAGGGAUUUGCUUGUAACGCCUUCAGGUUUUAUCAGACUUAUAUAACUUUUUUAUUUUCUAUAUUACAUAGACAAUGUAUUGAUUAGGAAAAAAAAAUUACAGAUGGAGAGACAUGUGUUGUCUGGUAAAGAUGUGUAAAAAGCCUAACAAAUAACAUUAAAUUCAGCUUUAAUUUGAGUGAAUUUAUUUAGUGUAGCAGGAAAAUAUAUUUAGAAAUAAGUGUUUUUCAUAGAGUCAUAGGUGGCCGUAUUAUUGCCUCACCUGCUGCUAAUACUUUAGUUAGAUACCAAUUUAAUAAAGUCACUCUGAUAAGGUUCACAGGAUCUUUGUAAGACAAUAAGGCCCAUGGCAUUACGGAUCCUCCACCGUACCUAACAGUGGACACAAAGUUCUUUAUCAUGUUUUCAGUGUCGUUUCACUCCAGCCCAACCUGGCUUAGUUUUUGCCAUGUUUGUUGGUUUUGUGUUUAAUAGACACAGUAAGAGAAAACUGUGUUUGUGAUGGUAGAACAGCAAUGACUUCAAUCCUGGCUUGCCCCCAGAUAAUCAGUAGGCAUGUAGAUGGUGUACAAAAUCUAAUAUGGUUUAUUAUAAACUGAUUUUUGGAAGUAUCAAUAACUUUACCUCCAGGGAUUUUGUUAAAAACAAUUAUUUUUAUGUUGCUACAGCAUUAGAAGAUUAAAUAUUGUUAAGGCUUUUUACACAUCUUGUCUGUACCUGUAUUUUUAUCUGUCAUGUUUCUACAAUGGCAAGUAAGACCUAAACAACAUUUCUGCAUUGCUCACAUUAAGGUUUGAAAGCUGAGGAAAGUUGAGCUUUGAUUUGUUAAAGUUUGCUCAUAUAAGCUCUUUAGACUAUCUGAAAGGUUUUUAAAUUUAGGCAAAAAGUCACCUCUGCUGCAGAUAUUAAGGUUUUGUGUUUUGUUUUUUUUUGUACCAUGUUAAAUCAAAUCUCAAUGGUUUUGUCUCUUUGUUAAACAUGGCAAUCAUUUCAGGUUGUUGAAUAAUCACAAAACGAAGAAAAUAUUCAAUCAUUAAUCAUGAGUUUUUGCAGUGCUGAGGAAUUAUCUAAAGACUCUUUGAGACCGUCCUGAAGUUCUUUCAAUUUGGAGCCUGUUUGUUUUACCAGAACAAGCACAGAAUAAAUGGAUGGUUGAUCCAGCGCAGCAGAUGAAACAUUAACCAAGUAAUAAUGAGCCCUCUGACAAACAAGAUAUCUGUAACCUAAUCAGAGAAGAAGAAAAAUGCAGCCAACAGCAGUCUAAGGUUUUCCAACAAAAGAAAUCAAUCAUUUACAUUUUGAAGAAAACAUUUUUACUCUUUAUGUGAAUAUCUAUAUAUUUGUAUAUAUAUAUUUUUACGUUUUACGGUUUUUAUGACUGUGACAGGAUAUUAAUAACAACCACUUUAUUGGGAUUUGUACAUGCAACGUUUUUGAUCAAUCAUGUGAAUGUUGAAAAGCUAUAUAUGAAUAAAUUGAUCAUACAAGCUA